AAGCACGAAUCUUUUAGUCAAUUUUAGCUAGUUGAGUUUAAGAUUUUUUAUUUUAUUUUGUACAAACAGAUACCGUUUGCUGCAUGUGGUGCUAAAAUUUUGUUCUUGCUUUGUCUGCAUUCUACAAUUUUUGCGGCUUUUCUGUCUUUUAUAUCCUCUCAUGUUUCUUUCUUAUAUCCAUUCUUGUUCUGCAAUUAUUAACAAGAAAUUCAUAACCAAAUGAUGAAGGAUAUACAAGCUGUGUUCUAUGAUACUUUGUCAUGGAUGUGGCUUCUGAUCCACACAAACGACUUGGCCUAUGCAGUUGCAGUCACAGCCACUGUCCUGCUUGUGUUUUCAUUAUUUUCUCGGAUUUUUUUCAAGUCGAAAAAAAUUAGCCCCCAAUUGCCACCAGGUCCUAGAAGCUUUCCUUUAGUUGGGAACCUCUUGUCUCUUGAUCCUGACCUGCACACAUAUUUUGCCAGCCUUGGCAAGACUUAUGGUCCGAUUGUGACGCUCUGGUUAGGCCAUAAGGUUGGUAUUGUGAUCAACUCGCCUGUAAUAGCACGUGAGGUGCUUAAGGACCAUGACACCACUUUUGCUAAUCGCGAUGUUCCAGCUGCAGGCAUUGAGGCCACUUAUGGUGGCAAGGAUAUUGUGUGGACACCGUACGGGCCUAAGUGGCGAAUGUUGAGGAGGGUGUGUGUGAGUGAGAUGCUCAGCAAGACUACACUGGACUCUGUUUACGAUCUUAGAAGGAAGGAGAUUCGACAGACUAUUGGCUACCUCUACAGCCGGAAAGGGUUGCCAGUUGAUGUCGGUGAGCAGAUGUUUCUGACUAUUAUAAAUGUGAUUACUAAUAUGAUGUGGGGUGGUACAGUCAAGGGGGAAGACAGGGCUGGCCUUGGAACAGAGUUUCGGCUUGUGGUGAACGAGAUGACUCAGCUGUUGGCUACCCCUAAUGUGUCCGAUUUUUACCCUGGUCUGGCCCGAUUUGACCUUCAGGGAGUCCGGAAAAAGAUGAAGGUAUUGGCAAAGAAAUUUGAUGAUAUCUUUGAAACUAUGAUCAAAAAAAGGCAAGAGAUGGAUGGACAAGAAGGUAGUAAGGAUUUUCUGCAGUUUUUGUUGAAGUUAAAAGAUACUCAAGAUGCCAAAGAGCCUUUAAGCAUGAACCAUCUUAAAUCCUUGCUCAUGGAUAUGGUGGUUGGUGGGACUGAAACAACUUCGAACUCAGUGGAGUUUGCCUUGGCUGAGAUGAUGAACAAACCGCAAAUAAUACAAAAACUGCACGAGGAGUUAGACAGUGUAGUGGGAAAAGAUAACAUUGUCGAAGAGUCUCAUCUUCCCAAGCUAACUUACUUGUAUGCUGUUAUGAAAGAGGUUCUGAGAUUACAUCCUGCUUUACCACUCAUGGUACCUCACUGUCCAAGUGAGACAUGUGUUGUUGGAGGGUACAGGAUCCCCAAAGGGUCUCGUGUUUUUGUAAAUGUGUGGUCAAUACACAGGGAUCCUAGUAUUUGGGAAAACCCCCUGGAAUUUAUCCCAGAGAGGUUUUUGGAUGGUCCAUGGGAUUAUAGUGGCAAGGAUUUUAAGUACUUCCCAUUCGGGUCGGGUAGAAGAAUUUGUGCAGGGAUUGCUAUGGCUGAAAAAAUGUUCUUGUUCUCACUUGCAUCGCUGCUUCAUUCCUUCGACUGGAAGCUCCCUGAGGGACAGAAAUUAGAUUUGUCAGAAAAGUUUGGAAUUGUGCUGAAGAAGACAGUACCUCUGGUUCUCAUUCCAACUCCGAGAUUAUCCAAUCCUCAACUCUACCAGUAACUAAGGCAUGAUAUCUUCUGAGCAUCAAAUCAUAAAAUUCGCUGUAAUAUUCUGAAAUAUACAGAAGAAAAUAUAAGACUGUUAUUUGCUUUAAGGUCCUUCCGCAUCUUGCUAGGGGCCCUUGGCCGCCACCUAUCUCAUUUCAUUCGAGCAAAUGUUACCUAAGUAAUGAUUGAUUGUAUGUAUGUUCUGUAAAAUGUCUGCGUUUUUCUA